AAUUACGUCUACCUUCAACUGGCCUACUUUUACGUUUCCUACGAACGUAGGUGGAGCGGCACCGUCACCGACUACCAGUACGCAACAGCACCAGCAACAACCUCCGCCUUCUUCAGAAUCUACUACAGCGACGCAUUCGGGGACAAACUCUGUACCCGUGAACAGUGGAAACUCGACGGAUGAUGGUGAUGGGAGCAGUGGAACGAAUCACACUCAGACGGGACGCCAACCUACAGGUCCGAAUCUGAAUCCAUUCCCAAAUCCUACAGGACAGACAACAACGGAUACUUUGACGAGUACAGUUACGGGUGCAUCCGUCGGUACUUUACAAGACGGAGGAGGUGCACCAAAGGGAUUGGUAAUCGGGUUGGUUGUCAGCUUGAUCUUGUUGACCGCUCUCUGUGCGAUUGCCGCAGCGAGAGGACAAACAAUCGAUGGCCGAAGUGACGUCAGAAAAGGCAGAUUCGAUUAUUAUCGCAGCCGCCGUUCCUUCAGACCGCCAAAGUCAUCGUACGAGCCACCGAUCGCGACCGUCGAGAUUAGUGAAGAUGCUUCUGCCCAUUUCACCUUCUUCCCACAAGAUGAAGAGAUUGGUGUUCCUGUGCCGUAUCCGUUAGCACUACACGUCCCAGCCCGAGUUGCAAAGGCGAUGGAGGAGCGAGACGAGCGGUGGCAAGCGUAUGAAUCUCAGAUGCAGCAGACUGGUGGUGGCCACCGCAGACCGACCUCGUCCAUGACCGUACCCGGUAGUCCGGACGACCUAUUGUAUUAUUCUGACCCCACACGACCCGAUCUUCUCAGGCGCAGCAGUACCUCUCGACGUAGCACGCUGCAGUCUAUUGCGCAGGGUUCGACGCUCUCAUCGAUGGACGACGGAACCACGAGUGGGUACGGAACCCACUACAACCCGAAUAAUCGCCUGUCCAGAGUCGAGCAAGGAAGUCAUGCCAGUAUCAUGUACGGGUCGAACGCUACUGAUCCUCACCAUCACCACCAUCGGUCCGAUGUCGGAAAAGUGGCUGCGGCCGAUGGUGUUGUUGACGACGAUGGG